AUGAUUGCAAGCGUAAUUGAGGCUGGUGAGUUAACUUGCGAGCCAAAUGACUUGGUGAUUAGCUAUCAAAUGAAUAAGAGGGGAAAAAUACAUCCCACAUUCCUAAAAAAUGAUAGGCACGUGAGCUUGUAUAUGUUAGAUAUUGGUAUUGAUGGCUCUAGGCCUACAUUAAGGAUAAACGUCAAUGUGAGGCCUCCAAUUGAACCAACAAAUUCAUUUAACGGUGACAAUAAUUCGAUUGGAAAUGAAAGAUUGGGUGAUCAUUCAAAUGAGAGCUUGGGUGAUAAUUCAAAUGAGAGCUUGGGUGAUCAUUCAAUGAAUAUACAUGAUGAUCCAACUAAUGUGGAAAAUCAGUCGGUAGAUGCGGAAGAUCCCGAACCCGAAUAUUGUGAAAUGCAGGUACAAAAGGAAUUGGGAUCACAAUCCAAUCAUUCCUUCUCCGGUGGAACUAAUUUAUGUAUAAACCAAACUUUAAGUAACAAUAAUGAGUUGCAAUUGUUAUUAGCCGAAGCGGCGGCAAAAAAGUCUUUUGAUUUUGCUACUGUGAAGAGUUGUACUAAAUACUUAAAGGUGAAAUGUGUAUCUCGCAAUUGUGCAUGGAUGUUGCGAGGGAAGAAAUAUGAGUGUUCGGAUAGAUUUCGUAUCUAUAAGUACAUUGGCGAACAUAGUUGUGACGUUGAACAUGCCAACAAUAGCCAUAGAAAAAUUUCAAUCAAAGUGAUUGCUUCACUUUGUGUAAAUAUGUAUCAUGAUGGCAAGGGUCCAAUUGUUAAAGAAAUUCAAAGAGUUAUGUUUAAUUCUAUUCAUUGUAGUCUAAGCUAUUGGAAAUGUUGGAAGGGUGGUGUGGUUGCUAAGGAAAUAGUCCGAGGGACAACGGAGAACGAAUAUUCAUGCUUACCGACUUUUACUUACAUGUUUGAGACACUUAAUGUUGGUUCUAGUUAUUGUCUCAUGGUAAAAGAGGAUAGUCAUAAGUUCAUGUAUUAUUUCUUGGCCUUUGUUGCUUGCAUUAAGGGAUUUGCCCACAUGAGAAAGGUAAUUGCGGUUGAUGGCACUCAUUUACAUGGUAAAUACGAGGGCGUGUUGUUGAGCGUUGUUGCACAAGAUACGGAGAAUCAUAUUUAUCCGAUUGCCUUUUGUAUCGUGGACAAAGAGAAUGAUGCAUCUUGGACAUUCUUCUUGGAGAAAUUGAAGGAGAUUGUGGUCGAUGAACCAAAUUUGUGUUUUAUCUCCAAUAGACACAAGAGUAUCACCAACGGUAUUGUGAACGUUUACAAUCAUGCUCACCACAGAUAUUGUAUGAGGCGCCUCGGUAAAAAUAUUCGCGUAAAUCAUCAUUGUGGAGAUUACCUUUAUCUUUACUACAAUGCGGCAAAGGCUUUUUCUUUGGAGAAGUUUGACAAUCAUUUUGUAGAAUUCAAGAACAAAUGCUCCGCGGUAGCCGUCAUCCUUGAGCAUGAUAUUGAUUUUGAGAAGUGGAGCAGGGCAUAUUUUCAUGGCAAUAGAUAUGAUGUGAUGACCACAAAUAUCACUGAGUCACUCAAUUGUAUGUUGAUAGACGAAAGAGAGUAUCCCGUGACAUCUAUAUUUAAUUCGAUUGCUAAGAGGUUUGGUGAAUUGUUUAGGGAGAGGCAUGCAUAUAUCCUCAGAUCAAUAGGUAAUCAAAUGGUACCGGCUGUGGAAAAAAUUGCAAGAAAAAAAAUGAUAGAGGGCGACUCCUUGUAUGUGGAGAAUAUAACCGGGGGCGACAAUCAAUUUAUCGUGUUCGGUGCGGGUGUUACUGCCUAUAUGGACCUACUGAAAAAGUCAUGUUCAUGUAGGGAAUAUGACUUGAUCAAGAUACCUUGUGCUCACGCGAUGGCCGUUUUGCGAUCAAAGCAUGUCAAUGAGUAUGGUAUGAGCAUCUAUGAGUACUCUUCGCCUUUGUAUUAA